AUACACAGCUGUUACUGCGCCGAUUUAAGUCAACUGUUUACUCGUGGUUUGUAGUGGACAUUAUGAUGAUGUUGCCCUGAUUUGAUAUACAUGUAUGUGGUCGAAAACAUGCCGAAACUUUCUGAAAUAAAUCUCACGGACAAGUGCAGACCAGAUAGUCUGUGGUCCGCUGCUGACGUUUGGAUCAAGAAACCACAUGUUGUUAAUAAGAGACUGUGUGGAGUGACAGAGUCAGAGUACAGGGACGUGGACACUGCGGGACUCAAGCAUUUCAUAUCCACUCUCUUGAGGACCAGUAUUGACAUUAAUGAUAUUUUUUACUUUCUUCACGCCGAUAUUGUGGAUAAGGCGCAUGAAACAGCUGGACGCUGGUGUGUUGGAGUCAGAACCAUCAUUCCUAAAGUAAACAAGACAGAGAAGUGUGUGUACAAAGAGAUUAUCAUUAAAGAUAUUAUUGGACACGCAGUGACAUUCAUCCCUUUUGAAGAGAACGGGCAAGUGACUCUCAAGAGCAGUAACGUUUAUCAAAUCCAGCUGCAACUGAAGUCAGAGGUCUGGACGUUGUCUCUUCAUGCUCUGAGGCCCGAGCAGUGGUACAGUGAUGGAGUGGCAUACCCUAAACUGUCCUGGCUCUGUACUGAACUCCUGCCUAAACUAUCACGCUGGGCUCUAGAGAGCAAGACCAGUGAGUUUAAGAGCACCCUGUCUCUCAUACCAGUGGAGAAGUACAGCGUCCUUUACCAGCAGCUGAAAGAGAAGUACAAAGAAUUAGUGAAGGUCUGGCCUGAAGUUACUGAUCCGGAGAAGUUUGUUUUUGAAGAUGUUGCCAUUGCUACAUAUCUGUUGGUCUUGUGGGGUGAGGAGCGUGUUGAAAAGGGAACAACAACCAAACAGUCCUUUGUUGAUCUUGGCUGUGGAAACGGCCUCCUGGUUCACAUUUUAAAUAAAGAAGGGCAUCCUGGAAAGGGCAUUGACAUUCGCAAGAGGAAGAUCUGGGACAUGUAUGGUCCUGGUACACAUCUAGAGGAAAAUGCCAUCACACCCAGCGAUGGCUUCCUCUUCCCCACCACAGACUGGCUGAUUGGAAACCACUCAGAUGAGCUUACACCAUGGAUCCCCAUUAUAGCAGCCAGAUCUUCUUACUCGUGCCGCUACUUUGUGCUUCCCUGCUGCUUCUUUGACUUCUUUGGGAAAUACCAGCGCAGACAAUGUAAGAAGUCACAAUAUAAGGAGUACAUCGAUUUUAUCACUGAUGUCAGCACAGAAUGUGGAUUCCACACAGAGGAGGACUGCCUUCGGAUCCCCUCCACUAAACGGGUAUGCAUCAUAGGCAGAGGUAGGAGUUACGCCGAGGCAGAUGAGGCUGUAGUAGAAGAGAGACGAAGUGAUUAUAUCAGAGGGCGUCAGGCCUUAUUCACAAGCUCAGGGUUGAACAUGAGUGCCAAUCAAAGUGGCCAUGAUCACCUUGAGAAUGGACAGGACAUCCCAACCCCAGGGAGUGACUGGGUAAAUGGCUUCCAGCCGAGAGAGAAGAUCGAGUCUGUCAGAAAUUGUGCGGCCCUUCCGAGGGAUUUUGUGGAUGCAGUGGUUCUGAGGGUGGCAAAGGCCUUGCUGAGUCAGACUGAGGAAAAUGUGGAGAAAAAUGACAGAUGUGAUACGUGGAACACAGGAGGCAGUCUGUUGAUUAGUGAAGUAGCUGACCUCCUGGAUCAGUCCACUUUACAGGCACUAAAGAAAGAGUGUGGAGGUCUCCAGACACUGCUAAAAAACAACCACCAGGUGUUCAGAGUGGAGGGUGGAAGGGUCUUUAUUCGGGAUUGGAGAACGUAUGCAGCAGCACAGAGCUCUAGAGUGAACUCCAAACGCAAUCCGCCCCCCGCAGGUGCCCUGAAGACCCGGCUCUGUUGGUUCCACACCCACCAUCCCCAUGGAUGCCCUCUACACUUUGAGAAUUGUGCCUUUGCUCAUGGUGAGACUGACUUGAGACCUUCCACAAAACCCCCCAAAAAUCAGACCUGAACAGAAGCCUGUUUUCUUAUAAAGUUGCUUUACUAAUAUUUAACUUGAUUUUUGGAGAAAGAAGAUAAUUUUUUUUUUCUAUAAUCCACUAAUCAUCCAAAGUGGAGCAUGUUUUAAGAUGUCAAUUUUUUAUUUUGUUUUUUAAAUGAAAGGAUCUGAAUUUGAAUAUCUGUUUUAUGAGAAACAUGUCAAAAUGAACAUUUCCAGUCACAUCCAUCAGAUUUCAUUGUUCAAUAAAUUUUCUGAUAUGCAAAGAGAUCCUUUGACUUUUGGCAGGAAAUCCCCAUACUGAUGCAUAAAAAAGGCUUGUGUUGAGAGAGGGCAUGUGCAGUGUAAAUGUUAGGGGCAUGAAUAAUUUGCAGGGCCACAUGGGGGGUUGGACCGUGUGUGGGUCACUGCCCCUCCACUCAAAUGUCAGCGGACAGGAUGUUCCUCUUAGACUUGCAGGGGUCAAUCGAGGUCACAUUUUUUGUUGUACAUCAUGGAUGCAGAUAAAUACAUCUGAUUAAUUCAAACUGAGCAAACAUUUACAAAACAACACAGUAAAAUAUUGGACUGAAUAAUAAAAUACUGAAAUGGAUUUUCAAAUGUAUUGGAGUGGCUUGUGGCCUGAUAUUUAAUCAAUUCAAAACAUCUUUUAACGUAACAACGCUUUUGUUGAAUAUCUUAUCCACUAUAUCCAGUAAGUCUAAAGAACCAUAUAAUGUUAAAGCAAUAUUCCGGGUUCAAUACAAGUUAAGCUCAAUCGACAGCAAUUGUGGAAUAAUGUUUAUUACCACAAAAAUCAAUUUAGACUUGUCCCUUCUUUAAAAAAAAAAUAUAAUAAUAAUUGAUUGGGGCCAAUCUGUAAAUGUUAAAAUAAACAUUGUUUUGAAAGUAUAGCCACAAAACGCAAACAAAAUGUGUGUUUACAUUAUUUUUGUAAGAUAGAAUCUUUCUAACCUUUUUUAUGUUAUAUCCAAUUUUACAACUUCAUUGACAUGACGACGUAACAGCAGAAACUCUAAAACCAUUAACGACCAUAAAAGCAACAAUUUAAACAACUUCAAACAAUAUACAAGUUUUAACAGAAGAAUGAAUAUGCUUUUAUAAAGCAAUAAGCUUUACAUUUCUGCCUUUAAACACUUCAAAAAUUGAGUGAAAAAAUAAGUGCCUCACUGUAACCUCGAUAUUUAGACAAGUUGAAAUGAAUUUUUGUAGUAAACAACAUUAUGCCACAAAUUCUGUCAAUUUAGCUUAACUUGUUUUAUAUAUUAUAUUAUUAUAUUAUAUUGAAAAAGCUGGAUUGCUUCUUUAUUUGUAAGUCACUUUGGAUAAUAGCAUCUGAUAAAUGAUGAAAUGUAAAAGCUUAAAGUAGAGAACUAACCUUAGAAAUGAUAUAUAAUAAAAUUAUUAUAAAUAAGGCGCCUAAACCAUGCAUUCUUCAUGGUAUGGCCUAUUUAUGUCAACCCAUGAAAAUUGCUCUUCUUUUUGCCUUAGCGUGCAUUUUGUUCUUGUUAAUUAGC